AGGGUGGCUUUCUGUGGGUGUGCGUCGCCUUUUCCUCUCAUUCAGUGCGACGUUUUAUUUAAGUUGAAAGAUGGCGGCGGUGCAUCUCAGGAUCGGGGAUCUAGUGUGGGGCAAGCUGGGCCGUUACCCACCAUGGCCAGGAAAGAUAGUAAGUCCACCCAAGGACCUGAAAAAGCCCAGGGGCAAAAAAUGCCACUUUGUGAAGUUCUUUGGAACUGAGGACCACGCCUGGAUCAAAGUAGAACAGCUGAAGCCCUACCAUGCCCACAAGGAAGAGAUGAUCAAGAUAAAUAAAGGGAAGCGGUUCCAGCAGGCGGUGGAUGCAGUGGAAGACUACCUAAAGAAAGCCAAAGGAAAAGACCAGAACUCUGACGGUAAAGGAGACUCAAAAGGAAAAAAAACAUCCAACAAACCUCUGAAAAUUCUAGAAGAAGAUGACGAGGACCUCAGUGCAUUGAAGGACCCUUCUGAAAAGGACUUAACUGAUUCUGACCCCGAGCCGUCCGCUAUUGAGAGGCUGGGGGCUGGACCUGGUUCAGGAUUCAAAUGGGAAAGCAGUCCUGUCAAGGAUGACCCACAUUUUCACCACUUCCUGCUGAGCCAGUCCGAAAAGCCAGCUUCGUCAAUGGAGCCAAUUAGUAAGCGACUGAAAAUCAUUGAAGAGGUCACAGGUUCAACUUCUAUCCAAGCAGCAGACAGCACAGCUAUUAAUGGCAGCAUCACACCCACAGAUAAAAGGAUAGGCUUCCUGGGUCUAGGACUAAUGGGUAGUGGCAUCGUUUCCAACUUGUUGAAAAUGGGUCAUGUUGUCACCGUGUGGAAUCGCACCGCAGAAAAGUGUGACCUGUUCAUCCAGGAGGGGGCCCGGUUAGGCCGGACUCCUGCAGAGGUGGCCUCCAUGUGUGACAUCACUUUCUCCUGCGUCUCAGACCCCAAGGCUGCCAGAGAUUUGGUGUUGGGACCCAGCGGCGUGCUCCAGGGAAUCAGGCCAGGCAAAUGCUAUAUAGAGAUGUCCACUGUAGACCCAGAAACCAUCACAGAGCUCUCACAGGUGAUCACAUCGCGGGGUGGCCGGUUCCUGGAGGCUCCAGUGGCAGGAAGCCAGCAGCUCUCCAACGACGGCAUGCUGGUUAUCCUGGCAGCUGGUGACAGGACGGUUUAUGAGGACUGCAGCAGUUGCUUUCAGGCCAUGGGCAAGACCUCCUUCUUCCUUGGUGAAGCAGGCAAUGCAGCGAGGAUGAUGCUCAUCCUCAACAUGGUCCAGGGCAGUUUCAUGGCCACCAUUGCAGAGGGACUGACUCUCGCUCAGGCCACCGGCCAGUCGCAGCAGACCUUCCUGGACAUCCUGUGCCAGGGCCAGAUGGCGAGCACCUUUGUGGACCAGAAAUGUCAGAACAUUUUGCAAGGCAACUUUAAACCAGAUUACUAUUUGAAACACAUUCAGAAGGACCUGAGGCUAGCCAUCUCUAUGGGUGACAUGGCCAACCAUCCGACUCCAAUGGCUGCAGCAGCCAAUGAGGUUUACAAGAGGGCUAAAGCACUGGACCAGUCAGACAAUGAUAUCUCUGCAGUCUACAGAGCCUACAUUCACUAGAGCGAGAGGUGACCUAUCCUCUGGACCACGCAGUUAUUAAUCAUUUAUCUCUUCUUUGUCAUCUAAUGAGUUUUUGUUUUAAAUUCUAGUGGUUUUAUUUCAUUUUGCCCCAGUACCAGCCUCAUUGUUUGCCCCAUUACAGCCCAGGUCUGGCAUUUUGGCUUUUUCUUUCUUAAAAUGGCAACCUCGACCAUCGACUGUACUGGGAGAAUAAACCAUUGUCAUAAUGCUCCAGAAUGAGGUUCUACUGCCCUGCAGCAGCAGUCCUGGUUUCAAACACCAUGGUCGAUGAAGCAUGCCGUCUAGAAGGAUUUAGCGGUCCAGUCCCACUGUGGGGCUAGAGGUGUUGCUGUCAUGUUUUGUGCACACAUAAAACUAAACAUUGUUUUCCCCAUGUGUGCAUUUUAAGCAUAAACUGGGCUUUUUUUCCCCCUUUUCCCGUCAUUAAAUUCGUAACAGAAACCACCAAGAACAUGCCACUGCAUUGCCUUAAUAUUGAAACCCUUCAAGUAUUUCAAUUCUAGAUGUAUUUAUUUCUGUUCCUCUGUCGGUCUUCUUGGUGCAGCACGGUCAUGACUCCCUCCUGAAUGACAGAAUCCUUGUUUCUUAUCAGUGGGUGUGAUCUCUAAGGACAGAGCAGCAGACGUGUUGAGGCCUUAAACUGCAGGAUAAGCUACUGGAGUUCCACAUACUAAAUUGUUGGGUCUUUUGGGUUUGUUUAAGAAGGUGAAUCCAGUUAGUGAUUUGUGUUUUUAAAGGAUAUUUAUUAAUAAGUCCCAGUGUUGGUAAUGUGUUUGGGAGUUGUUUUUUUUGUUUCUUUGUUUUUAAGUUGUGGGAGAGUAUUAAUUCGGCUGAGAAGUUUAGGUGGGAUUCAACAACCGUUAAUCAAAUCCUUUCUUUAAGAUAUUUUUAUUUCAGUCUUGACCUGAUUCUUGAUGGAACGUAAUCUGUUACACAGUUCACCGGUUAGAUGGCUUGUUACAUUCUUCAUUUACGCACUCAGGCUCCAAAAUGAAGUGAGGGACAGCUGUGGUUAUGAUGAAUAAUUCCUCCUCUGCACCAAUUUAAAAAAAAAAAAAAAAAACACAGAGCCGCGGCGUUGUCACAUGUCGCAUAAACUCAGCUUCGUGCUGCAGUUGAUACUUUGGGCCUUGUGCACAACAUUUGAAGCAUGAAAUGUGACAUAAUGGCUAAAGCAAAGCAGUAACUGCUUCUGCUAUUACUGCUGAGCAGAUUAAUUAUUCGGGUUGUUAAGCUGUCAAGUUCAUUUCCCACAAUCUUUUUUCUUCCCUUUAAGACUUUUUAUUAAAGGACUUGAUCUGUGGUCACAGUUCUUCAGCUUUCAAAUACCGCGCUCUCCACAUUUAGCAGUAUCUUUUAUUGCAGUAGUAGAAGAAUUCAACCUUUUGAUUUAAUUAUUUGGAAUGAAAAAAGGUACAGAUUGAGAUAUUUCUUAGUUUUUACAAAAUCACAGGGGCUAGAAUUAUAGUCACCCUUAAAAAUUCUAAUAAAAUAAAUCAUUUUGAAAUCUAUACUUUAAAAAAGUUGAUCAAUGUUUCUAAUAACUAUGAACGUUUCAUGACUUCUGUUUCCUGGCUUGUAAAUGUUUAUUAUUUUAAAUCAAAGACCCACUUUUUUGAGCGACUCUUCAAAAUGGAAAAGACAAGAGAACAUAGCAUUGAAGUAAACGAGCAAAUGUCCCAGUUAUUGAUUCAAAAAGAAGAGAACGAUUUUGGAAGCAGGGAUGUGGUUGUUUUGUGAACAUGCUGUAGGAGCAAGCUGUCCUUUUUGUCUUUUAGCUCGGAUGAAAUGACCUGAACAAUCACUGCUCUGAUUGGAUAAGUGGCCACCAGAAGACCUCAGCAUUUUUCUUAAUUUACACUUUCCUCAGUUUAAAGUAGAAAGGAAUUGGUUUCUUUUCAAAUUGACCUCCUUAGUUGUGUAUUAGGAAAUACAGUGUUUUAUUGAGAAAAACUUCUUGUUUGCCAUGGUAAAUAUUUUAUUUUAGUUUUUCAGACACUUGAGGGUGAAAACCUGUUUUUAGAAGACAGUUGUAAAUAGCACACGAGGCUACGUAGGGUUCCUUUUGUAUUUACAGUAACCUGAAUUAAUGAGAACUACUUUUUGUUUUGGACUCUGCCGAACGACUAACAUCUAUUACUUGAUACUGUAGAUGGUGUCGUUCCACUGUAAAUGGUUUAUAAAUAUGUGGCUUCUACAGUCUGGCCUAUUGCAUUGAAAUCAUAAGGAUUUGGAUCCCAUCAGUAAAGAGAGGAUGCAACUUUGGUUUUGGGGGUUAUUUAUGAUUCUGUGUAUGUAGAAAUACCAAGAAUUUUUGUGCUGUUUAAUAAAUCCUCUCCUGAUUACUGACA